AGUUGCAGAUCGAAAACGCUAAAGUCUCUUCACAGUCGGCCUGUUUUGAUCCUGGUCUGCGCUUUAGUUGUUGUGGAAUGUAUUUGUGUCCUGGCCGAAUUGAUGGUCGAUUUACAGGCAAUACGUUUUCGAUUUGAGAAUGAAGAAGCUGAACUUGCAAAGUUUGUAGACUUCCUUAAAACCUCAUAUCCAGACGAGUUCAAAUCUUUUAAAGGUAAAAGUUUUGAAUCAGUAUUUUCAAAGCUCAGAGAAAGUAUGGCUCUGCAUAAAGUAUUUCCAAAUCCAGAGGAUUCCACAAAAGUGUCAACAACAACUGGGAACUGCACAUGUGACACGACCGCCACCACGCAGCGUCACACGGAACGGCGCCAUUUACAUAACUCAAAUGAUCACGUGACGCUUAUCAGUGCCUUUAAGAAUGAUGGGACUGCAAACAACCUAGCAGUUUCAAGAACUACAACGCCCUCUACGGGCAAAAAGCAAAACCUCACACAUCAAAAAUACAAAGUUAAUAACAACAAUAACAAAAACACAAAUAAACACAGUAAAACAAACACUAACAGUAAAGACAUUAGCAAUAGUAGUAGUAGUAGUAGUCAUAUUUAUACAAGUAGUAACAGUCAUAAAAACAGUAGUAGUAGUCAUAAUAAUAUUAAUAACGAUAGUAGCGAAAGCAAUAGUAGUAUUAGUCUUAUUAGUAAUGAUAUCAGUGAUAUUGUUACUACGAUUAGUAGUACUAGUAAUAGUAGUAGUGGUAGUACGACUGAUAGUAACAGUGGUAUUUCUAUUAACAGUAGCAAUACUACUAUUAUUAUUGAAAAUAGUAGCAGUAGUAGUACUAAUAGUAGUAUUACUAGUGUUAAUAGUAGUGAUAUUAGUAGUAGUGAUAGUGAUGAUAAUAAUAAUUAUGAUGAUGAUAAUUUUAAUUAUAAUAUUAAUAAUAACAUUAUUAGCAUAACAAAGCCUUCUAUGAUUACUAGGGAAGCAAUGAAAAGUCCACGGGACAUUACAAUGAAAGAAGCACAAAGACAGAAAACAGUGGAACGCAAAUACAGCGACACCAGAUACUAUGCGAAAGGAGCAGACAACAGAACAGUAACUAAGGAUUUACCCCAAAACACUAGGAUCAAACCGGGUUCACCGCACAUCAGUGGAUACGAUGAUUCUAAGAAAGCGCGAUUACAAACAGAAGAAAAUAAACUGCAUUCUGGGAAUGUGUCGGAACCUCCUUUGUUUGUGUUACAUAUAAACAACAUCAAGGAAAGUUUUUAUCUGUUCGGCCAUUACGUUGGCAAGGAGAAUGACAGUCGGGAUUACAGGAAAGAAGCUCAGUACUACGAAGAUGAGUAUGAACGGGUACACCACAUCUCCCAGGGAAUACAUAUAGGGAGCAUUGUCAUACUCUUUAUUAUGGUGCUUGAGACAUUUGUUAAACUGUGUUGCAUGAGAGUGAAGUUUUUCAAAAAGAAGUUUGAGGUUUUUGAUGCAUUUAUUGUGAUCGCUUCUUUCGCGCUGGAUUUUGUAUUCCUGGAUAGUCAAUGGUACGAGACGGGUAAAGAUGCAAGUACUAUUCUGGUUUUGUUGCUUCCUUGGCGCGUCGUUCGAAUAGUCAACAGUUUCUUGAUGACAGUCAACAGGAAACAUCACAUAGAAAUAAUGACCGUUAGAAAAUCCAAGAAAAAAGCAGACAUGAAAAUCAUUAAAUUACAGGCACUGAUAAACGAAAUCACUAGAGAUGUAGAGUUACUUGUAGCGCUUAGCAGAAGCAGAGGCGCCCCAGAACAUGAAAUAACCGCGUGUCUUUAUGGAAAAGGCCGGCGUGGUGUGGCCAUGUCAGCCAUUUCCUCGUUUGCGUCACUGAUGCUCAUCUCUACGUUGGGCAAGAGUAACGUGGCAGGGGACACGGAAGAUGAUCUUUAUGGCCGCGCCCUCGAAGAGGCAAUGAAAGACGAUCAAGACGACAACGAUGACACGGCAAACGGCAUUCUCAUGGAAGAAGACGAAGAGGAAGACGACGACGACGACGACGAAGAAGACAGGGUCGGCGACGACGACGACGACGACGACGACAAUGACAAUGACAAUGACAUUGAAAGCGGACAACGAAGCUCAAUUAGUUCAGCAAUGGACGAAAACUUAAACUGUCGGCGAGCCGUGAAAAUGGCGCGAAACAAAGCCGCGGCAGCAGCGGCGGCAGCGGCAGCAGCAGCAGCAGCUGCCAGUAUUGCAGGUAGCAGUAGUUCUGCAAGUACUUCAUAUGCUCGUCGCAACACUAUUCCACAGCCAGUGUUGGCAACUUCAAACCGCAGCAGUAUGCUAUAUUAUAUUAACAACGGCUAUGCACUCCACGAACCAGACGAUUCGGAUACGGAACGGCGGCCUAGUCUUCUAAGUACUAACUCUAUCCAUAGUCUCCCCGGGUUACCAACAAGUGACACUUUUUUGAGUUUUGACGUGGCAACACAAAUGACCUACCUGUGAAGACAAAGAAACGUUAGUAUGUGUUUUACACUUUAACAUUUGGAAAGCUUGAGCCAUGAACAUGUGAGGAGCAGUAGAGAAAAGAUGAAACUUUCUUGAUCAUCAUCAAAUGCUUCCCAGUUAAAAUGGUCGCUUUUUGUUGGGGGAACCGGGUAACGAUGCCACUAAAUAUCAGGGUAGAGAAAAGAAGAGAAGUCACUUAAGAUGAGGGUAAAGAAGCAUUGCUUAAGAACCGGGUAAAUGCUGAAUCAUGGUAAAACUCGUAUGUUGCAAAACGAAUGGGGUGGAUAAAAAAAACGAAAUCAAGGAAAAAUAUGGACAGGUGAAGAAAAACAGUAAAAAUAAUAUAAAAGCUAUGAAUGUUCUAUGAUAAAUGUUGUUGGAAGAAAAUAUAUUCAAAAUAAAGAUGGACUGUUCAAAGUAUAUUCUCCCAGUCGACGGUUUCACAGCAGGUGUAGUACAAGGUGGCACCCACCCACAAAACCGUAUGUUUAAAAACAAUUUUAAAAAUGGACAAAAGUGGAAAGAGAAGUUGAAUUGAGCGAAGAGGACGAUGGCAACAACAGCAGCAACGACAACAAAAACGAAAAUUAAAACAACAACAACAACACAACAACAACAACAACAACAACAACAACACAACAACAACAACAAACAACAACAACAACAGCAAAGCUUUCCAGUUUGUCGAUAACUCGUGAAAAUAGCAUCGAAACGUUUCAUCUUCAAAAACACCGAUAUAAACCCACAUAUUCCGUACAUAGCGUUACGAUGUAGGAUAUGUGGAAUCCAAAAAAAAAAAAAAUA